AUGCCUACACUACCUAUCACCACCGCCCCACCCAUCACCCAACAAAACCAUUACCACCACCAACAACAACCACCCACCACCACCCAAUACCACCACCCACCUCAACUACCAACCACCACUACCCACCACCAUUACCGACACCCGUCACUACCACCAAACACCAACAUCACCACCCACCCACCACCACCCGCCUACACCACCCAUCACCCACUAAAACCACAACCACUACCACCCACCAUCAUUACCACCCACCACUACCCUCUCCACUAA